GCCCCUCCUCCUCUCUCUCUCUCCUCCUCCUCGAGUCCUCGCCGUCGCGAAAUACAAAACGACGACCUUUCACGUUCCCGCACCACUUCCCCAUUCCUCAUUUUUCCCUUUCAGCAUCUUCUUCACGGGGCAGAGAGAGGGAGAGGUGUGCGCCUUCUUUUACGGGUCAUGUCCUUUCUCUUCUUUUUUAGCUCCAAGACCGAACUAGACCCCCCCGCCCAUCCGUCCGUCCUUCCUUCCUUCCUCCUCUUCCUCGCGAUCGAGAAACUGCGGACCAGAAAAGGGUCGCUGAACCCUUUUUCGUUCCUCACUUAUAUACGUGCCCAAUCUCUUCUUCUUCUUCAGGAAGCAGCAGCAGCAGCUCAGAACCUGAAGAGUCUCUUCUCCUUUGUUCGUUCCUAGCCCCCCCCCAGAUCUGCAGAGAAACCGAUUCGCUGAGCGGGACCCCAAGAACCAAAAAGAUGGAGAAAACCCAUCAUCAUUCCUCCUCCUCUGCAGAAUCCUCUGCCACUAGCUCCGAGCACUACCUCAAGCACCUCAACAAGCUCUCUCACAAGAUCUCCAAGCCCCCGCUCAGGAAGCACCCUCUGGACCCGCUUGUUCCGGAUCAGCCCGAUCAGUCCCUGGCGCAGAGCACGGCCGCGGUCAACCAGAACCAGCCGGCGCAGCUUCAAGCGCCGCCCCCGCCCCAAGCCCAGCCGCCGCAGCAGCCGCCCGUGUACAACAUCAACAAGAACGACUUCCGCGACGUCGUCCAGAAGCUCACCGGCUCGACCAGCCACGACCGAGCCCCCACUCCGCCGCCGCCGCCGCAGCAGCAGCAGCAGCAGCAGCAGCCGCAGGUUCAAGCUCCGAAGCCGCCGAGCUCGCGGCUGCACCGGAUCCGACCUCCGCCCCUCGCGCAGCUCAUCAACCGCCCCAACGGCCUCGUUUCGCAGCAGCAGCAGCAGCAAACUUCCAUGCUAAAUCCUAACAUCCUGCACCCCAUGAACUCCUUGAACGGAACUAUGAACCCUAACAACGUUAUGAGCUCCGGCUUCAACCCGAUGGGAAGACCAGUAGCGCCCCUAUCGCCACUGCCGCCGCUCCCGUCCGUACAUGCGGCGGCGGAAUCGCCCGUGUCCGCCUACAUGCGGCGCCUCCAAGGCACGAUCGCCGCCGUAGAUCCAAGACUCGAUCAGUUCACCGGAUUCGGACCGCUGGCUCCCCUGGCCUCGCCCCGGUGGAGCAAUUUGGCCCCUCCUCCGCCGCAGCAGCAGCAGCAGCAGCAGGUGGCGGCUCCUGGCGAGGGUUCAAUCCCUCCUCCGCCCGAACCGGCGGCACAGCUGCAGCUUCCGCCGUCGUCGCCGAUGCCAUUCGGGUGCUUGAAUUCGCCGCGGUCGGCCUACACUCUACUCUCGCCGGGGUUCCUGUUCUCGCCGACGUCGGGUCAGCUGGGGUUCCCGCAGCUCCCCCUAUCUCCGACGGUGCCCGUGUCGAGCCCUGGAGACAGAGGACUUUAGUUUCGGCGGGGUCCGAGGUUAGAGAGGCUUAGAGGUUUAAAGCUGUCACAGGGAAGAAGAUUACACCAAAGUUUAUUAUGUUUUUAAGGUGGGGGUGGUGUACAUUGUUACUUGUUAGGAAGGAUAGGGAGGUUUAGUCGAUUUACAUUGUUGAUUUUGGUGCGAAUUUGGCCGAUGUUUAGUAGAGGGCAUGUAAAACGGACAUCAAAGACAUGAAACAGCUUGGUUUAGUUUCGAUGGAGAACUAUUGAGGCUGUCGUUGUCGUGAGAACCCUCAAAUCAUGAUAUAUGUUUGGAUUCUUUCUUGGAUGAAUGACAUAUGAUAUGUUUCACUUUCGCC